CUUUGGAAUGGGGAGAUCCAGCUCCUGGGGGGAAUCCCUGUGGGUGCCAGGAUGGGCUCGGUGGGAGCCGAGCGCCUCAAGGAGCUGAGCCCGGCGGCGACGCCCGAGGGGAACGUGGUGAUGAGCUUCAGCUUCGACAGCUACCAGCUGGAGGAGGACGAGCUGCAGCGGGGCAGCCAGGCCAAGGGUGUCCUCACCUUCAUGGAGCCAGUUUCUGAAGACCCUGAGCCCCAGGAUCGAUACCAUGGGAUUUAUUUUGCCAUGCUGCUGGCUGGGGUGGGAUUUCUCCUGCCCUACAACAGCUUUAUCACCGAUGUGGAUUACCUGCACCAUAAAUACCCAGGGACCUCCAUUGUCUUUGACAUGAGCCUCACCUACAUCCUGGUGGCCUUGGUGGCCGUCAUCCUCAACAACGCACUGGUGGAGCUGCUGAGCUUGCACACCCGCAUCUCCGUGGGCUACCUCUUCGCCCUGGGGCCCCUGCUCUUCGUCAGCAUCUGCGACGUGUGGCUGGAGCUGUUCAGCCGCAGACAAGCCUACGCCAUCAACCUGGUGGCUGUCGGGGUGGUGGCCUUUGGCUGCACAGUGCAGCAAUCCAGCUUCUACGGCUACACGGGGCUGCUGCCCAAGCGCUACACGCAGGGAGUGAUGACAGGAGAGAGCACCGCCGGGGUCAUCAUCUCGCUCAGCCGCAUCUUCACCAAGCUGCUGCUGUCGGACGAGAAGGAGAACACCGUCAUCUUCUUCUUCAUCUCCAUCGGCAUGGAGCUGACGUGCUUCAUCCUCCACCUCCUGGUGAAGCGCACGCGCUUCGUGCGCUACUACACCGACUGCUCCCGCCGGGGCGUCCCCGGGAGCCGCGGGGCCGGCCAGCCCGGCAGCGGCUACCGCGUGCACCACGAUGUCACCUCCGAGGACGUCCGAUUUGAAAACCGGGAGCAGGGGCAGGGGAGCUCCCCCCGGGGCAGCCCUGGCACCGAAGCUGAGCUGGCUGGAAGUGGCACCUACAUGCGCUUCGAUGUCCCUCGGCCCAAGAUCAAGAGGAGCUGGCCCAGCUUCCGAGACAUGCUGCUCUACCGCUACGUCGUGUCCCGCCUCAUCUGGGCCUACAUGCUCUCCAUCGCCAUGACCUACUUCAUCACGCUGUGCCUCUUUCCCGGGCUGGAGUCGGAGAUCCACAACUGCACGCUGGGGGAAUGGCUCCCCAUCCUCAUCAUGGCCAUCUUCAACCUCUCUGACUUCGUCGGCAAGAUCCUGGCUGCCCUGCCCUACGACUGGAGAGGAACCCACCUCCUCGUCUACUCCUGCCUCCGCGUGGUCUUCAUCCCCCUCUUCAUCAUGUGCGUCUACCCCAGCGGGCAGCCCACCUUCGGCCACCCCGCCUGGCCCUGCAUCUUCUCCCUCCUCAUGGGCAUCACCAACGGCUACUUCGGCAGCGUGCCCAUGAUCCUGGCUGCAGGCAAAGUCAGCCCUGAGCAGCGGGAGCUGGCAGGGAACACCAUGACCGUGUCCUACAUGACGGGCUUGACGCUGGGCUCGGCCGUGGCGUAUUUUGCCUACAGCCUCAGCAGCACCUCCCACAGCACCUGUUUCUACACCGAGACCUCCAAUGGCUCCUUCACCUCGGGGUACUGAGCCCUGGGACGGAGCAGUGGGGACAGGAUGGGACCUGCUUCCCACCAUGGCCCCACAUCCCUCCCCAAGGAGGGAGCCUGGAGCCAGAAAGCCACCCCAGCAUGGACAAGGACUGGUAUCCUGUUGGCACAGGGCUGUGGCAUUCCCAAAUGGCCUGUGCUGCCCAGCCAGGCACUGUGCAGGGCCACUGCUUGGGGUGACAUUCCUCCCACCCCAGGGGAUGGUUCUUGUUGCUUUUGGGGGUCUCCCCAUCAGCAAUGUGCAGCUCUCCAGUGGAGGCUGGGGAUCUUCUGUUUGAGCCAAGCCAUUGACAGGAGGAAGAAAAUACUGCCAAAUCCCAAAGGGAAUAGGACCAGCACUGGGGAGGAGGGUGAUGGAGGGCUGGUGAGGAAGAAGAGGAGCAAGAGAAGAAACAAUCCUUCAGUCCCCCGUGGCUCUGGGAAGGUGGGUCUCGACUUCCAUUGAUGGUGCUGCAGGUUUUCACCAGGAAUGGCUUGAAAUCACAGACCCUCCCUAAAUAUACAAAUCAUAUAGUUGGGGAAAAAAAGAUUUUUUUUUUUUAUUGUGUCUUGUUUUAUCCCCCCUAACUGCAACAGAGGCAGGGUCUUGCCUCCCCCCACCCCACACUGUGAAUCUGCUCCAUGCAAGGGGUACAGGGGAGGAUCCCAAGGCUGCAGCACUGCCAGUGCCACCUGCAGGCCACUGCUGAGCUUCACGUUUUAUUGCACAGGAUGUAAGUGAAGCUGAUUAAAUAAUUAAAUGUCUUUGCAACAA